AAUUUAAAAAUAGAUGCACGAAGCAGUCCGCUGCGCGCCGGCUCCCGACGUCUUAACCUAAAAGAAAAUUAUAAUAACCAUUCAUUACAAUACAUGUGCAUCAUUUCUAGUUAGCAGAAAUGUCUCAAGACAACGAAGGUUUCAUCAAAAAGUUCCAUGAAACCAUUAAUGGGUCUCUGGAUGACGUGACGAGGAACAAUUUCGCCAAUUUAGAAUCCAACACGAAGCGCGUCUCCUACUUGUGCAGUCUACCGAUCGUCAGAAAUUACAAUCUAAACGACGAUUUGCAGAAAUGCCAGACAGGCGGCGAGUUUCCAGUGAAAAAAGACUUGGAAAAAGCGCGCCAACUGAAGGAUGAGGGGAAUAAAGCUGUGCAGAAGGGCGAUUGGGCUAAGGCGAUGCAGUUAUACAGCCAAAGCAUGGUUCACAUGCCGGAGAAAGAAACUGAGGAGUUGUCAAUUGUUUUGGCUAAUCGUUCAGCGGCCUUGAAUCAUCUGGAGCAGUAUGAAGAGACUUUGUCUGACAUACGACGGUGUCUGGCCUUUGGGUACCCAAGGCAUCUGAGGUACAAGGUCUAUGAGAGAAGAGCCAGGUGUCUGCUAGUUUUGAAGAGGAAUCAGGAAGCUAUAACGGCUUUUCAAGAUACAAUCAGCUCACUUGAUGAAGCCACCAAAUUGGAUAAAGAAAAGAGACAGAAGUUGCGCACUGAUUCCAAACUGAUGUUGGAGAUAUUAAACAAAGGCUUAGUUUUAGCUGGAAACCCGAAAGACCCAGAACCCUUGAGGAAGAUCCCACCAAAGCCAAAACUUCCUGGAAAACGUAACGCCAUAUACCCAGCAGCAUCAGAUGCUAUUCAAAUAGACUAUGAUGACAUCAGAGGCAGAUACGCGACAGCUACUAAAAAUAUAGAGCCUGGAGAAGUGGUACUAGUGGAGAAAUCACACAGCGGCGUCUUGCUGGCAGAAUACUCCAGCACGCAUUGCCAAAACUGCUUCAUCAAGUGCCCGAUUCCAUUGCCAUGCCCGAAAUGUCCAAACGUCAUCUUCUGCAGUGAUGCAUGCUUAGAAGUCGCACAGAAAUCAUACCACGGCUACGAAUGUCCGAUUCUCCCACUCAUUUGGAAGUCAGGAUGUUCCAUCACCUGCCACAUAGCACUGAGAAUGAUUACGCAACAGACUAAAGAAUAUUUCACUAAAAUUAGCAAGAACUUGGAUACAAAACCAUCAGGCCAAUACAGAAGCGAUGACUAUAGGAAUAUUUAUCACUUGGUGUCUCACGAAGAUAAGCGAUCGAAACAAGAUUUCUUGCACAGGACAGAGGUGACUGCGUUUUUCGUUAAACUACUGGAAAUAAGCGGCUACUUCGAUGGCAAACCGAGAAAAAAGCCAGUGCAACUCGAUGAGUUGAAAACUAUGGCCGUCGAUGAGAAAUACAAGGAUGACGUGGAACUUAUCGGUGGUCUGAUAUUGAAAAACUUGCAAAUCUUAAAGUUUAACGCUCACGAAGUAUUUGAGCUGCAGUGCCCGAAGCCUAAGGUCGGAAAGAACGUUAUCAAGCACGACGGCAAGUCAGUCUUCUUAGCGGGGGCUGUCUUCCCAACUCUUGCUCUUUUCAAUCACUCCUGUGAUCCAGGUGUAGUCAGAUAUUUCUGUGGACCUCACAUCGUAGUCCGGGCAGUAAAGAACAUUAAAAAAGGCGAGGAGGUCUCCGAGAACUACGGCCCUAUCUUCACGACUGUUCCCAAGGAGAAGAGGCAAGCAGAACUGAAGGAACAAUACUGGUUUGAUUGCACCUGCAUACCCUGUGACCAGAAGUGGCCUAUGUAUGAAGAAAUGAACGAGAAUUACAUGAGAUUUAAGUGCGAUUCGGACCGCCCCUGUCCGAACGUAGUGGCAGUACCUUACGACUGCAAAGAGUUUAUGGUGCAGUGUGGCCUCUGUCAGCAGUACACCAACAUACUUAAAGGAUUGAAGGCUCUACAGGACACAGAAAUGAUGUACCGCCUUGGCCGUGCAGCGAUGGAGAAUGGGCAAUAUGCAGAGGCUAUGAAGAACUUUGUAGCUGUUUUGAAACUAUAUGACGAGACCUUGUCCCCUCCAUACCGCUCAUACUAUGACUGUGUUCAAGAUUUAAGACGCUGUAUGUUGUCUUUGGGCAACUAUAGUAUUGUUUAGUUAUCUACUAAGCCUGUGCUUUCAUAAUUAUGAUAAUAACCAAUGAGAUUUUUUUGCUGGUUUCAUAAGGAGGGGCAAUAUUUUGGGAUUGAGGAGCAACUUGCGUUUU